AUGAAGGCUUUGCUUGGCUCACAAGAGGCAUGGGAAGUUUUAGAGAAAGGCUAUGAUGAACUAGAGAAUGAAGGAGCUUUAAGUCAAGCUCAAAGGAAUGCCUUGCAAAGGUACCGCAAGUUAGAUCAACACGCUCUCUCUAUUAUUCACAUGGGCUUAGAUGAAGCCAUGUUCGAGAAAGUUGCGUCCUCAACAAAAGCUAAGGAAACUUGGGAGAUUCUCGAGAACAAUUUCAAGGGAAUUGAAAAAGUGAAGAAGGCGUGCCUUCAAAUCCUUCAUGGAGAGUUUGAAUCUCUGCACACGAGAGAGUUUGAAUCUGUCUUUGACUAUUUCACUAGAGUGUCCUCCAUUGCCAAUCAUAUGAAGCGGUACGGGGAGAAUAUUGAAGAAAGUCGUGUCAUCGAGAAAAUUCUUAGAUCGCUUGACUCAAAACUUGAGUUUGUUAGUAUUGCCAUUGAAGAGUUUAAUGACUUGGAUACCAUGACCCUUGAUCAACUCAUGGGGUCCUUGCAAGUAUAUGAAGAAAGAUUGAAGAAGAAAGGUGAAACGAUGGGUCAAGUUCUCCAAACGAAUGUCUCAUUGGGAGGUCAACAGAAAGAGCAAGGAUGA